UGUUUUCAAUUCCUUAAAAGUAUGAAAUGCAUGAGCAAACCGUUUUCUUCUCCCAUCAAAAUCUCAGCAUUUUGUUUUUCCAUAGGAUUCAUCUUAGUCAUCUUUCACUUCGGAACACAAAAAUCGGAAUUUCUUAGCACUUCUUUAAAAAUAUUUGAUGUGGAAGAAAACUGUACAAAUCCGGCAACAGAGGAAGGACUAAAUUUGGGUCACAAUUUGAGCCGUACGCAGCCAGAACUUUCUCAGCAAAAGCAAUACGAUAUUCAAGUUGGUCAUAACCCAUUAAAUCUCUUCGUCCCUCAAAUGGAACGGAACAACGUUAGCAUUAUUAAUCACAGGUAUUUUCAACCUUCUUCCGAAAAUCAUCUUUCACGGAAGAAACGGCGUUCUCCCAAGAAACAAAUUUAUGAUAUGCUAAAACGAAAUAUUGAAGUCUCUCGAAAGAUGAAAGAACCAAAUGUGAAACAGAGUAGCAUCGAAUCUAGGAAAGAAACGCUUUCAAAUCUCAUCAGCCUCCUAGAGAAUUUCAUGAAAAAUAAUUUGAUGAGUUCUACGCAAAGGUAUUUUAUUAUUGAAGAAGAUCGAAAUGAAAAAUUCCAUAUUUUUGAUCAAAAUGCUCAACAGAAGAAGGAUGGUGAGAAUAUCCUAGCGACAUUUGGCUCUUCGAAUGUACCUGAAAAUUUAACUACUAGUGCUUUUAUUUACCCUGAAUACACGAACCUUAAUAUUCCCCAACCAGUAAUUUUAACAUUAUCAUCUAAUGAUAGUUUUAGAGAUACCAAAUUAGCAGAAAAAGAAUUACUCUCUACAGGCAAACUCAGUUUCCCAAACGAUGUCGCUGUUCCCCUUUGGUUGUCAAUAAUCCUAGACGUGCUUGACACAUGGAUACCAUGUUCAGGUAAUGAAAUGGCGCAAAACGAUAAUGAUGAAGAACUAGACAUCGAGACCUACGUACCUUAUGACGAAUAUUCUUUUGAUGAAAACUUCUUAGCUAAUCCUAGCAUGUCUCCCAUUGCAACAGAUGCUCGAGCUAUCAAAUGGAUGUUAUUAGGUUGGUUUUUCCUCGAUAUUUUAUUUCUCAUGUAUAUUGUGAUCGCUUUCUCUAAAGUGAAGGAAACUUACGGAUACUCGUAUAUUGGGGGCAGUAUUGCUAAAACAGGUGCUUUCCGAUAUCUCAUGAGCUCUUUAAGUGUGGUUUGUACCAGAAAAAUGGAACCCCUUGUCCUUAGACUGGAGUCUCCUACAUCUAGCUGCAGCAGCUUGGUUUCCUUGACAAGCAUUCUAGAGGAUACUUUUAGAGAGGAAACUGUCUAUGACAGGGAAUGGAUGACUGAUGAAUUUCUGGCUGGGGAAAGAAAGAAAAAGAAUUUAAUCAGACCAUGAAUCAUCGCAGCCAUGUGGACGAAAUUUGAUGUUUUCUGGAUUUUCUGCAAAGUUGUUAUUUUCUUCCAAAAAUACGAUUGCUGAAAUUUUUACUUUUUAUGCAAUAAAAGA